UAUGACAAUAGAGAUAAAUCGAACUAUUGAAUAUACCAAUGAAUUUUUAAAUUCUCUACCUUAUAAAUCUACAUCUUCAGAAGUUUGUUUAAAUACAUGUGAAAAUAUGCCUAAAGAGAAUGAAUUAAAAACAAAAAAAUUAGUCCCAGUCCAACGAACUUACAAUGAAUGUAUCCUUUACGCUUUAGGUGAAUGGAGGUGUGCAUGUCUUACAACUGUUUUGGUCACAGGUAUUAUUUUAGUAUCAUCAUGCGGUGUUAAACAACUGAAAAAUUACAUGAAUUCAUCUCAAUCAGAUACACAGUAUUCUAUUUCAUAUCAUAAAUACGAUCAAAAUUUUCAAUUAUUGUGUCAAACAAGUUCUCUUCUAAUUAUUAAUGGUUUAUUAUUUCUAGUCUAUUUAAUUUAUUUAAUUGAAUCAUGGCAAUCAAGAAACUGGAUACAAACAACAUGGUUAAUUGAUACAAAAAUGGCAUAUAAUUUAAUACAGAAUGCACAUAAACUUAUUCCUUCUAUUGUUUGGCAAAUCAAAUGUUAUCAUUAUGCUCAUAAUACACCACAAUAUUAUAAUCAUUAUCAACAGAAUCCAAUACAACAAUCUACAACAUUAAAUGAAAUUGAUCUAAAUAAAUCAAUUCAAUAUUCAUUUAUCCAUGAUCAAAAUAAUCAAUAUCCAUUGAAUUCUAAUAAAAUCCCUAAACUUUUAUCUCAUUCUACUAAGAAUACAAAUAUAAAUCCAAUUAAAUGUCAUCGUAUUAUAACAAUGAAUAAAAUGUGUUCAUUUGAUUUAUCUAAAAUUGAUGCAAUAUGGGAUCUAUCAGAUAAUAUUAGUGAAUUAGAUAAAUUUCAAUUAAUUGAAUUAAAUAUAAAAACAUUAUUUAGUUUUUCUGAUAAAAAAACUUAUUUAGAAUAUCAAAGACAAAAACAAGAAUUUUUUACAACUUAUGAAAAAUUCGAUGUUUACAUGGAAACUGAACAAAUUUGUACUUUUACAAAUUUUAUGAAAUUUCCUAAAAAAUGUCUUAUUAUUCAUCAAUCAUCAAAAUUACCAUUCUAUUUAAAAGAUUUAACUUAUAUAAUAGCUACACUUCUAUUAUGUUCAUUACCAUUAAGAAUUUAUAUUUAUGCAAAUAAAGCUAAAUUAAAUUGUAAAAUUCAUAAAAUAUUUGGUUCUAAACCAAUAAAUUAUUCAUUAAAUACAAAUUCAUUAAUAAAUACAUUUUCUAAUUAUACUAUACCAUCAUUAUCAAAUCAUAAUUUAAAUGGUAUUAAUCAUAAUAAUAAAUUACAUAACAAUAAUGAAGCUAUUGUAUUAUUUAAUAAACAUAUUUUACAUAAUACUACUGAUUUAAUACAAAAUUAUAAUAAAAAAUAUAAAAUGAUUUCAAAAAAUUCUUAUGAUUUCAAUCAUAUAAAAUAUGAUAAUAAAAUUAAUAUUAAACAUAGUUCUAUUGAAGAUGAAGAUCAUCAUCAUCAUCACCAUGAUGAUGCUGAAGAUGAAGAUGAUGAUGAUGAAGAAAUAUUAUCAUUGGAUAUACGAUUUGAUGAAUAUAUAAAAAAUAAAUGUAUUAAAAAUGAUAAAUGGAACAUAGAAAAUCAUUAUAAUAAUUAUGAAUUAAAUACUAUUUUAAAAAAUUCUAAUGUUGAUGUAACUUCUGUGUGAAAUAUAUUACAUAAUAGUAUCUUUGUUAUUAAAAUGUAUAUUCUUUAAAGUUUUAACGUAAAUGAAUAUUUAUAUCAAGUGAACUCAAAAGAUGUAAACUUAUAUUAAGAAAGUAUUAUAUCCGAGCGAAGAUUAAAUUACAAGUAACUGCUGAGACUUAUUAAUGGAUUAUUAUUAUUAUUUAUAUAUUCUCAUGGUGUAAAUAUUCGGUAACUUGAUUAUGUAUAUCUAUAUUCCCCUUGUUAUAAGCUUUAUUUUGACCUAUAAUUUAUUAUUGUAUGAUUUACGAUUCUUAAGUUAUGUUCAGUUUAUUGACUACUGCCUCCCACAUUCACAGUCACAUUUGGCCAAAUAUUGUACAUAUGUUAUUUUCUAUUUUAUGGUACGUUGUGGUCUGUCUGGUUGAUAUAUAAACCGAGUAUGUUUGAAGUAAAUGAUUCAUAUUAUG